AUGUUGCGCAACCGUUACAAAAACCUUCCCACCUCACUUCACCCCGUCUCACCCCAAAAGUUUCUCCAGGUGCGCGUGCAGUGUGAGCCAGCAGGCAAGCUGGUGCGCGUGCAGUGUGAGCCGGCAGGCAAGCUGGUCAUUGCAGGGGAGCCAGAGCAACCGGACAACCCGUGGGGAGUCACACCCUUCAAGAAGACAGCAGAUACCCAAGGAAGAAGGUGUGGAGACCUCGCCCCUGCAACAGCAGCAGCAUCAUCAGCAGCAGCAGCAGGUGGGAUUGAGGCAAGGGCAGGGCCGCAGCAGGGACUGGCAGCAGGUCAUGCAGCAUUAAUGCAGCAGCACGCGAACCCACUGCCCCGGCAGCAGCAGGCACAGCCUCAGGUGCCAUUUCAGGUGCAAUCUCAGGUGCAGCUAGCUCAGCAGCAGAUGCAACCGACUAGAACAAAGGAAGGAUCAGCGGAUGUGGAUAUGGUGGGUGGUGCUGACAGGGGUGAGGGGUUGAGAGAUGGUAAGGAUGGGAAUGUGAGUGUGAAUAAGCCGAAUUACACCACCGAGUCUCAAAAUGGGAUGCCGCAACUGCUGCAGCAACCACAGCAGGGGAAGCAGGUGGAGCGGGAGACGGGCACUAAUGAUAUGAAGAUUGGCAUGGCGGUUACCGCUGCUUCGUAA